UCCGCCCCCCAUCCAAUGCUGAGCUCAGUCUGCGUCUCAUCCUUCCGCGGGCGCCAGGGGUCCAGCAAACAGCAGCCGGUGUCGCCGCCGCAGCCGUCCGAGUCCCCGCUGCCGCUGCCCCCGCCGCCACCGCCACCGCCACCGCCGCCGCUGCAGCAGCAGCAGCAGCCUGCGCAGCCCGGCCCCGCCGCGUCCCCGGCGGGCCCCCCGGCACCCCGCGGGCCCGGGGGCCGGCGCGCCGAGCCAUGCCCCGGGCUGCCGGCGGCGGCCAUGGGGCGGCACGGCGGCGGCGGUGGCGACAGUGGCAAGAUCGUGAUCAACGUGGGCGGCGUGCGCCAUGAGACGUACCGCUCGACGCUGCGCACCCUGCCGGGGACGCGGCUGGCCGGCUUGACGGAGCCCGAGGCGGCGGCGCGCUUCGACUACGACCCGGGCGCCGAUGAGUUCUUCUUUGACCGGCAUCCGGGUGUCUUCGCCUACGUGCUCAACUACUACCGCACUGGCAAGCUGCAUUGCCCGGCCGACGUGUGCGGGCCGCUCUUCGAGGAGGAGCUCGGCUUUUGGGGCAUCGACGAGACCGACGUGGAGGCCUGCUGCUGGAUGACCUACCGGCAGCACCGGGACGCCGAGGAAGCGCUCGACUCCUUCGAGGCACCCGACCCCUCGGGCGCCGCCAACGCUGCCAACGCUGCGGGCGCCCAUGACGCGGGCCUGGACGACGAGGCGGGCGCGGGCGGCGGCGGCCUGGACGGCGCGGGCGGCGAGCUCAAGCGCCUCUGCUUCCAGGACGCUGGCGGCGGCGCCGGGGGCCCGCCAGGGGGCGCGGGCGGCGCGGGCGGCACGUGGUGGCGCCGCUGGCAGCCCCGCGUGUGGGCGCUCUUCGAGGACCCCUACUCGUCGCGGGCCGCCAGGUACGUGGCCUUCGCCUCCCUAUUCUUCAUCCUCAUCUCCAUCACCACCUUCUGCCUGGAGACCCACGAGGGUUUCAUCCACAUCAGCAACAAGACAGUGACGCAGGCCUCCCCGAUCCCUGGGGCUCCGCCGGAGAACAUCACCAAUGUGGAGGUGGAGACGGAGCCCUUCCUGACCUACGUGGAGGGUGUGUGUGUCGUCUGGUUCACCUUUGAGUUUCUCAUGCGCAUCACCUUCUGCCCAGACAAGGUGGAAUUUCUCAAGAGCAGCCUCAACAUCAUCGACUGUGUGGCCAUCCUGCCUUUCUAUCUGGAGGUGGGGCUCUCGGGCCUCAGUUCCAAGGCCGCCAAAGACGUGCUGGGCUUCCUGAGGGUCGUCCGCUUUGUCCGGAUCCUGCGCAUCUUCAAGCUCACGCGGCACUUCGUGGGGCUGCGCGUGCUGGGCCACACUCUCCGUGCCAGCACCAAUGAGUUCCUGCUACUCAUCAUCUUCCUGGCGCUUGGUGUGCUCAUCUUCGCCACUAUGAUCUACUAUGCUGAGCGCAUUGGCGCUGACCCCGAUGACAUCCUGGGCUCCAACCACACCUACUUCAAGAACAUCCCCAUCGGCUUCUGGUGGGCCGUGGUCACCAUGACAACCCUGGGCUAUGGAGACAUGUACCCCAAGACGUGGUCAGGGAUGCUGGUUGGGGCGCUGUGUGCCCUGGCUGGGGUGCUAACCAUCGCCAUGCCCGUGCCCGUCAUUGUCAACAACUUUGGCAUGUACUAUUCGCUGGCCAUGGCCAAACAGAAGCUGCCCAAGAAGAAGAAUAAACAUAUUCCCCGGCCUCCGCAGCCCGGCUCGCCCAACUAUUGCAAGCCCGACCCACCGCCACCGCCCCCGCCCCAUCCUCACCACAGCAGCGGCAGCAUCAGCCCUCCACCACCCAUCACCCCGCCCUCCAUGGGGGUGACUGUGGCAGGGGCCUACCCACCAGGGCCCCACACGCACCCCGGGCUGCUCAGGGGGGGAGCGGGUGGGCUCGGGAUCAUGGGGCUGCCUCCUCUGCCUGCCCCUGGGGAGCCUUGCCCAUUGGCUCAGGAGGAAGUGAUUGAGAUCAACCGGGCAGAUCCCCGCCCCAACGGGGACCCUGCAGCAGCUGCGCUUGCCCACGAGGACUGCCCAGCUAUUGACCAGCCCGCCAUGUCACCAGAAGACAAGAGCCCCAUCACCCCCGGGAGCCGGGGCCGCUACAGCCGGGACCGAGCCUGCUUCCUGCUCACUGACUAUGCCCCUUCCCCUGAUGGCUCCAUCCGGAAAGGUUACGAGAAAUCCCGCAGCCUGAGCAGCAUCGCGGGCCUGAGCGGGGUGUCCCUGCGCCUCGCCCCCCUUGCCACUCCCCCUGGCUCUCCCAGGGCCGCCCGCCGCGCUCCCCCAACCCUGCCCUCCAUCCUCUAGCGCUCCCCUCCCCCCCGUGGGGGGAAUCGGGGGUGACAGGGAAGAAGGUCAAAGGAGCUGGGGGUGGGGGGUGGGGGAAAGGGUUUUUUUUUUUUAAAAAUCAAACAGUCAUUAAUAAUAUGCAACCGAGACGACGAUGCCAGCAGACACCCCCGGGCCCCUCACCUCCACUUGGGCCCCCAGGAUGGAGGGGGGGAGGAGCCAAAGCCCAUCCCCCCAACUAUUCGCCCCUCCUGAAAAAAAGCCUCAGGUCUCCAUGAACCAUAGGAACCCCCCCGCCCCGAAUCGACUCGUGUAAAUACGUCCAAACUAUAUCAAUUACAUUUUGGGGCGCCUCCCCACUACUCUGCAUGCCUCCCCCAAACUGGAUCCCCGCCCUCUCCAACUCCACCUCAGCAAUAAGCCGCCAGGGGCUGCAUGCUGCGUGCGAGGGAAGGGGCAUUCUGGGAAGCGGGUGGGGACCUCCAUGUGGGUCGGGCUAGCCUUUAAGCUACCGGAGGGUCUCCUAGCCUCCUACCCUUCACCCCAGGAGGGCAACCCAUCACGAAAAAAAAAAAAUAGCAGCAAUGUGGGGAAGGAGGAACAGUCACCCAAGCCAAAAACCGGAGCCGAGCUCAGACGGUAGAAGCGGAGGCACGGGGGGAGGGGUGGGCUGAGGACAGCUGCUCCCUCAGCCUUUAGGAGCAUCCCUCUGGUGAAUUUCACUCUUUCCUCCUCUUCCCCCACCCCCCACCCCACCCCCGGGGAUCUGCUCGCCUCUAUUGCUGCAUGGACUGAGACCUCCCAUCCCAGUAUUCCUGGGAUGCUCUGGCCCUAGCACACAAAAUUCCCCAACACCCCCUCCAGAUUCCCAUCACAUGAGGCCUGCCCCCAGAAUUCCUGAGACUGAGUCUGGCAUCCCGCAUCCUCCAAAUCCCCACACGCUCCUGGGACUUAACCGCUGCACACAGAUGCUGUCCGCACCGCGCCCCCCCCCCGCCCCCCCCUCACCGCCCACCCAUUCCCUGAGCUGCAUCCCAGCACCUCAAACCUCCAAGAAUUGAUCCAGCCCUUCAGCUCACUUUCAGCCUUUGGGAUGCUUCCAAAUCCUUCCCACACUCUGGACAUUUCCUGGACACCCCUAAAUCUGACAUCAGACAUCCUCCUCAGGUUCCCCUGACGCUAGAAUUUUCAAGAUAAGCUCAAUCUGUCUGCAAUUCCAGGGAACCAGACCUUCCCGGGGCACCCCCUUUCUUAUGCCUAACCCUCCAAGAGCCCCUUUCUUUAAAUGGUGCCCCAAAGGCACCUUCUUCAUAGACGCCAGUGUUUCCCAGAGAGUCAUAUUUGUACCCCUGGCGAUGUGCUAAGGUUUUAGGCAGUACAAGGACAAACACUUAUUUUUAAAGUUUUGUCUUUCCUGGCAUUUCGCACAUAAUUGCUGCUUGGCCAGGACACCGUUUAUUUAGGUUAGAGGUGUUUACAUUUAAAAUGUAGAGGCUGUUCCCUAGUGGAGGGACGCUGGAAUAUCAGAAGCUUGGGAAACCACAUAUCUACCUGGGCUGGGAUCCCAGCUCGCCCUUCCCCGGCCUUCUUCAACCCCCCACGUUCGCGGGUGGAAAAUUAUUUCUCAUACCCCAUCCUGGCUCAAGAAGGAUGCGCUACCUACCCCAAGCCCAGGGACCAUAUCGGUCCCAGAAUCCUUAAGGGACUACCCCUUUUGGAGCUUGGGGCCCAUGGAAUUAGCAACCUCCCUCCCUCUGCUCCCACGGCCUCAGGAACCCCCCACCCCCCGCCUGAGGAUUGGUGGUGGGGGUGUCACUGAGCACGAUUCUUGAUACAACGAUUCCUAUGCAAGGGGCAUUUUUGAGUCCGCCCAUCCUUCCCUUGGACCCUAAACCCUGGCGAACGAGGGGUGAGGGGUGGGGCGGGUUCUGGCGGGAGCGGGGUGGGGCGGGGCAAAGGGCUAGGGGCUUUAAACACCAGGGUAUGGGGUUGGAGACUGAUUAUAUUGCCAAAGGGUUUAACUUCUUAAAGCAAAACAAAACCCCAGAUACCCCUGACCCUCACGGAAGCCGAACGGUGCAGGGAAAGGGGGUGAGGAUUUUUCUAAAGGGUACGGACCUCUUCCCAACGUCUCCCCACUGCUCGCCAAUCUGCCACACGUACCCAGCUUUUCAGUUCAGCUUUUAAAAAUAGUCACAACCAUUAUAAACCUCUACACACGUUAUUCUUGUUCCCCAUCCCCCAAGUCAACAGUGU